GCUGGGAUUACAGGUGUGAGCCACCGUGCCUGGCCUAAGCCUCUCAUAAGGCCGUGCGCCCUCCCAGAGGCCACCCUUGCAGAAGAUUCCCUGAGACUUAAAGACCUGGGGCACCCCGGACUUUCCUAAUCAUAGCUCCACCCACUCGAGGCGGGUGCCUUUGCGUUUCCCGUUUUUAAAUGAGAUAGUGGCACACCCGGUGGCAUCCUCCCGCCCGGGCUCUUAUCGGCGGUCCCAGCCCUGCUUGAGCGCCUCCGGGUGUCACGGGCCUCUGCGAACACCAAAGCUCUCGAACCCCGAUGUGGACCCCGGUGCGGCGCGGGGCGGCCUGGCUGGGAACCCUGCUCAGCCCCGGAGAGGGUCCCCACGAGCCGAGGGGCGGAGCGGCGCAUGCCCACAAGCCAGCCGCGGGAAGUAGGAAAUCGACCCCCCAGGCGGUGCGCUUCGGACCCCGCCAGGGCAUGUGCUCCGAGGCCCUCCUGGCUCGCAGGUUGCGGGCGGCGCUGCGGGAGGAGGAGCCGUGGGCGGUAGAGGAGCUGCUGCGCUGCGGCGCGGACCCUAAUUUGGUGCUGGAGGAUGGCGCAGCUGCUGUGCACUUGGCUGCCGGAGCCCGGCACCCGCGCGGCCUGCGUUGCCUCGGGGCCCUACUGCGCCAAGGCGGGGACCCCAACGCUCGAUCUGUCGAGGCAUUGACACCGCUGCAUGUGGCCGCUGCCUGGGGCUGCCGCCGCGGCCUGGAGCUGCUGCUGAGCCAAGGAGCAAACCCGGCGCUGCGCGACCAGGACGGACUCCGGCCGCUGGACCUGGCCCUGCAGCAGGGGCACCUGGAGUGUGCGCGAGUCCUGCAGGAUCUCGACACGCGGACCAGGACCCGGACCCGGAUCGGGGCAGAGACCCAGGAGCCCGAGGCUGCACCUGGCACUCCAGGCCUCUCUGGAUCUCCUGAUGAGAUGCUGGACUCCAUAGCACUCCAAACGCAGCCAUGCAGAGGUGACAACAGGGACACGGGCUUGGAGGCUGACCCAGGAACCCCCAGCCUCCCUGUUCCCCUUGAAAUUGUGGACAAAGAUAGGAGCUCAGCGUCCCCUCCAGGGCACUGGGAUUACAGCUCAGAUGCCUCUUUCAUCACAGCAGUUGAGGUCUCUGGAGCCAAGGACCCAGCCUCGGAUACUCCCCCCUGGGCUGGGUCAUUGCCACUGACCAGGCAGGGACUUCUGCAUGUUGUCCAUGCCACACAGAGGGUACCUAGGUCUCAGGGGACGGAGGCAGAACUGAAUGCCCGUCUGCAGGCCCUGACUCUGACCCCACCAAAUGCUGCUGGCUUCCAGUCCUGCCCUUCCUCCAUGCCUCUCCUAGACAGGAGUCCAGCUCACAGCCCCCCACAGACACCACCCCCUGGAGCUUCUGACUGCCACGGCCUGUGGGAGCACCAGACAUCCAUUGAUAGUGACAUGGCCACGCUCUGGCUGACAGAGGAUGAGGCAAGCUCUACAGGUGGCAGAGACCCUGUCGGCUGUUGCCAGCACCCGCCAGUCUCCAUUGUGUCUGACUUGGAGUUGCUGCAGGGGCUGCGAGCGCUUGGCCCAGAGUUUUCAGGGCACAGCCUAGAACUGGCUGCAGCCCUGCGGACAGGCUGUAUUCCAGAUGUCCAGGCAGAUGAAGACGCGCUGGCCCAGCAGUUUGAGCAGCCAGAUCCUGCCAGGAGGUGGCGGGAGGGGGUCGUGAAGUCUAGCUUCACAUAUCUGCUGCUGGACCCCAGGGAGACUCAGGACCUGCCAGCCCGAGCCUUCUCACUGACCCCAGCUGAGCGCCUUCAGACUUUCGUCCGUGCCAUCUUCUACGUGGGCAAAGGGACAAGGGCCCGGCCAUAUGUCCACCUCUGGGAAGCCCUUGGUCACCAUGGGCGGUCAAGAAAACAGGGAUCCAGACGCUCACCAACCAGAAACAAGGGCACUGCUAUGGAGUGGUGGCAGGCUGGCCACCUGCUCGUCGCCGGCGCUUGGGGGUGCACCUGCUGCACCGCGCCCUCCUCGUCUUCCUGGCUGAAGGCGAGCGACAGCUUCGUCCCCAGGACAUUCAGGCCCGGGGCUGAGUGCUGGGGAGUUGGCCAUCCAGCCUGGGAAGAAAUGUUUGAACGUUCCAGCUGCCCUGUGCUGACAGCAGCCCCCAUCUCUGGUUUCAGAAGGUGUGUGUGUGUGUGUGUGUGUGUGUGUAGGGAACACCAGGGCAGAUCUCCCCCAGUCUGAGAGAGGACUUUGUUACAGAUGGUACUGCUGGAGGGGUAGUAAGUAGUGAGCUCCCCGUCAUGGGAGGAGGACAAGUAGGGAAGCAGAAGGUGCUUAGGAACAGUCCGGUGCUUCUGUCAGAGGCGUUUGAACCUGGGCAACUCCACCUUGAAUAGGAGCUGGGUAAAAUGAGGCUGAAACCUACUGGGCUGCAUUCCCAGACGGUUAAAGCAUUCUAAGUCACAGGAUGAGGUAGGAGGUCAGCACAAGAUAAUGGGUCAUAAAGACCUUGCUGAUAAAACAGGUUG